CUAUGUAUUCUGUACAGUGAAACCACGCUGUAUACACUGCAAGUGAUGCCCCUUCCUCCCAGCGUAUGUGGUUUUUUGCCCCUCCUCACCGUCUGUCAGGCAGGCACACCUUUCCUCUCUGGUCCUCCAGCGUUUCUUACCUUCUUGCCGCUCCUCUCAGCCUCGUUGUCUGGCUGUGAACUCUCACCCCAGCUGCUUGGGAAAUGUCACACAGGCAGAGAGGCCCGUGCUGCAGUAGGGGGGCGUAAUAGGAGGAAAAAAAAAUAACAACAUUUUUUUUUGCUGCUCUCUCUGCAUCUUUUAUUCGCGUCUCUGUCGUGCAAGUGCCACAUCCCGCUACCAGCAGCAGCAGCAGCAGCCGCCGCCGAUUACUAAUCGCAGUCUCAAUGCUUAUUUCGCAUUAGGGCUAAUAUAGAAAAAAAAAUCCGUGCCAGACAUGGGGGACAACGUCAUGCUUCUCUUGAAGAUGUCAGUCCAACAAACUAAGUGGCUUCUGAUGCCGAUGCCCAGUAGAAGAUCCUGGGAUUGAGACGUGAAUCCCUUCACACUGAUGGCCUGGACUAGGUUUCAGCUGGCCUGCUGAAGCUAUGGGGAGCUGUUGGAGCUGUCUGUACAGAGACCCCAUCCGAGACAACCAUCUCACUAAAUUUAAGGUCACCAAUGUGGACGAUGAGGGCAACGAGCUGGGCUCUGGCAUCAUGGAGCUCACACAGACCGAGCUCAUUCUUCACACACGCAAGAGAGACGCCAUCCGGUGGCCGUAUCUCUGCCUGCGGCGCUACGGCUACGACUCCAACCUAUUUUCUUUUGAGAGCGGUCGCCGCUGUCAAACUGGGCAGGGAAUAUUUGCAUUCAAGUGUUCCCGGGCAGAGGAGAUCUUCAAUUUGCUCCAGGAGCUGAUGCAAUGCAACAGCAUCAACGUGGUGGAAGAGUCGAUGAUGAUGAGUCGCAGUGGUCACACACCGGAGAUGGACAUGUCUCGCACGCCACAGACUCCCAACACUCCAGCGUUCCCUGUCCAGGCUUUUCCCAAUGGAUACCCUGGUUAUCCAAUCAGAGGCGAUUCCUCCCAACCCUCUCUUGCUGACGAUCAUGGACAUAGCCUCAUGGGUUUGGAAGAUCAGACCCACACCUAUGUAAAUACUGUUAGCAUGGAGGGGGAUCUCUCGAUGCGUCACUGUGUGCACUCCCUACCUGAGGUGCGGCCCAGCACUUUCCCUGAAACAACACGGGGAGCGAUGCCUGUCGGGGGCCAAGGAAACCCGCAGUCCAACCUGCGGUGCUGUCCCCUCGAGGAGCAUAAAGAUCCUCAGGUGUUCUUGCAGCCGUCCUCACAGGAGGUCAAAUUCAUGCUGGGCCCCACUCCAGCACAACGCCAUCUGCUAGAGAGAGAGAGGGAGAGGCAUGGGCACAAUCCUCACAACCUUCAGCCAGUAGAGGGUGCAACAGGCUCAGAGACGGAAGGAGACGAGCCCUCUAUGCACCUGUGCAACUCUCACUCCUAUCACCAUUUCCAUCACCAUGCGCAUCGCCACCCGGGCCACGAGCACCCGGACGGUUGCCAGAGCGGCGAGCUCACCUACGAGAACAUCAAUGGCUUGAGAAGCGGCCGGAAGCAGCGGCUGAGUCCCAGCAGUGUGUCGCAGUCUGUGGGUUCAAGCAGCAGCAGCAGCACUGGGGACAGUCACUCCCACUCCCUCCUGCACCCACACGCCCACGGCCCAUCGUCUCUGCCCCCACAGGGCUAUCCCUGUGAGAGAGGCAUGGGUGGAGGUCAUCGUCGGACAGCUCUGCUUAACUACGAGAACCUGCCGUCUCUGCCUCCGGUGUGGGAGUACAGAGCUCUGCAGCGGGAUGACGAGCAGGAAGAGGAAGAUGAUGAGCAGGAUGAGGAGGAAUAUGAAGAAGAAGAGGAAGACUUUGAUGAUUAUGAGUUCUCAGAAGGCCCUGGGACACCCAACGGUUACCACCAGGAUGGUCGGGGCAUCCACAGAGAUGCCCUGCAGAACUAUGUCAACACAGAGCAGGUCCAGCCGCCCCGGCUCCGACACGCAUGCCCCCCGCAUCCAAGGCCAUGUCAGCCAGACAGAGGGGGGCGAAUAUUUAGCUUUGAUUUCGGCAGGCGAUCGAGGUCAGGGGUUGGAGGCUGUGAGCACGGCCACAUGCCUCCAUCGCGGCAGCUGAAUUACAUCCAGGUGGACCUAGAGGGAGAACCUCCUUGCCAAGCCCUCAGCAGUGGGGGUGCCCAGACCCAGCCACAGCACCAGCGCCUACCACCCAAAAAAUGUGGCCCACAGGCACCCCGGCGCAGUGAAUGCUACGCAGUCAUUGACCUAAAGAAGACCGCUGCCAUGUCCAACCUGCAGAAAGCUCUGCCCAGGGAUGAUGGGACUUCCAGAAAGACUCGCCACAACAGCACAGACCUGCCUCUGUAAACGGUGUUCAAACUGAAGAGGAGCGAUGAAGACAGAUGAAGGCUUAUCCUCAUCUUAGCACACUGGACCCUUCACUGUCAUCCAUCCAUUCAACUGUCGGGCUGACUAAUACGAUACAGGUACCUAAUUAGAAACUUACUGAAACUUAUCUGUGCAUAUAAAAGGAAAUAAGAAAUCUCUGAGGAGAAUUUGCCAUUUUAUUUUGUUAUUUAUUAGAUAUGUGGUGUGAAGCUCUCUCGAGAAAUCUGCAGUUUUAACUGCAAAAACUGUUUGCUGGAUUUAUGGAUAUUUAUAUAUGAGCAUAAAAUCAUACAUAUAUAUGAAAAACAUACAUGUAUGAUUUUAUGCUUAGCUAUGACUUGGAGCAGUGACCUCUGUUCAGUGGAAGCAUCCAUUGCCAUACUGUAUUAGCAAAUUUGAAUUCUUAAACCCAUCUCCACUCAUAAAUAUUAUUGUCCCUAUCAUUUAGUUAUGCUACAUCCAUGUGGUUUUUUUUAAUUUUUUUUAACUCAAACACAAUGAGAGUCAGAAAUAUGAGGCUCAUUACAGAAGGCUUAGAGCAGUUGUUGGCAUGCAGGAAGGUUAAUGGUUCCUCCAAGAUACUGGCCAAUAUUCGUACCUCAUCACAAGCACCUAAGUCUAAUGUUGUGGCUGGUGGAAGAGACCAUUCUUUGUUACUAUAUGCCUAUAGAGCAUUUUGCACACAAUCCUAUGGAAUUGUAUUUUAUCAUAUUUUAGAAAUAGUUUUGUCCAAUUCAAAAAUGGAAUAAAAUGAUAUUUGGUGAUAUUUGGAGAAUUAGACUUAAACUGAAUGAUGGUAAAAGUAGCACACAUGGAUUAGUCGAGCUCUGGCUCCCUCCUCCUAUCCACAUGCAGCAGAAGAAAAAGUAGCAUAUCAUCUUCGAUCACACUUCCUGCGAAUCAUCCCAGACCUGCGGGAGGUCCACAGCUGUUUACGCUUGUCACGUUGCACUUUUGACCCUGGGCCACUGAAACGCUCUUUGUAACUACUCCCUCUCCUCUCCACUGGAGCCACAGGUUCGACCAUGUCCUUUUACCAAAAGCAGGGGGCCAAAUUACUUCAUGGACAUUUCUUAGUCAGCAUUGUAGGUAGAGUUUAUUUAAAUGUUUUGAUGGAGACAUCGAUAACCUCAAAUAGUGGCAUUAAGCUAUAACCUCACUUAAAAUGUGCUGAAUCUAUAAUUUGUCAGUGAUCAGGUGUGAGUGGUCUAUUUAAAGGGUAAUCAAGUAUGUUGCCAACUCAUGCAGUGAAGAGUUUUGUGAGGCUAUUUAUUAACCUUCUUAGUCAGAUAUUUAUUUAUUUAUUUCAUUAUUUAUUCAUUCUUUUUUUUUUCUUUUUUUUUUCUUCUUAAUUGUAAUAGUUUUGUUUUCCAUGUGAUGACCAGCGUUUUGUAAUCCAGUUGGUAAUAUGGAGACCAAAGUUUCACCUCAAAUUAUCACUGGACACUGGUGUGUUACUGUUAUAACUGUGCGUAAUUAUAUUUUAAAAGAAAGAGAAACUGUAUUUAUAUUUUAAGUGCCAAAACUUAAUUGCAAACUGUAUGAUGAAUAAAAUCAAACGUGCCAUUAGGACUUAUAGGACAGAAAAGCAGAAGGUGAAAGCAGUUGGGAUAUAAACUUAAAAAAAAAAAAUACCUGAAAAUAGAAAUUAAGAUAAAUAAAAACUGCACAUUCCACCUCAUCCGCAUCGACAGCCAUUUCGGAGCGAGAUAUAAGAAUGGUAAUCUUGUAGUCUGAUAAUCACAGCUAUGGUGGUUUUAUGCUGCUACGUGUACAUACUAACAGUAGCCCGUGUAAGCUACAGGUACUUGUCAAAGUGAAAACUUACGCGAUGUCAGAUCUUUUACCAUAUUGUUAAUAGAAGUAGCAUUGUUGUGUUCUUCUGAGAUUUUUUCUGAGCAGUAGAAAUGUAUUGUACCAUUUCAGAGAAUGUUUCAUUUGGACAAAAUUAAAUUUCACUGAGAUUGUUCUCCUGACAAACUGGCUGUCUGGUAGGAGGGGUAACAGAAGCACAGGCCCACUGAUGCUGUCACCUUUUUGUUGAACGCUCAUAUCAAGUUGAUAUUUACAGCCGCCAGACGAAGGCCAAAAUGUUCUAGAUUUAUACACGUCUAUAGGCCUGCAAACGCAGAUGUGUUGUGGCAUUUAGCUGAAGUUGAUCUUUUUCUAAACAGAGUUAAAGAGAUGAAUAUGAGACACGAAUACAAAUUCUCAACUUCUGAUAUGGAGGGUUUUUUGGCUUCUGUGUAACAUGAGUUAAAGUGCUGAUUAACUGAAAUGCAGAGAUGAUGAUUGACCAUUUUCCAACUGAAAUCUGUCACGUGAAAUACCAGAACUUAAGUGUCAAUCAUUUAGCCCGUAACUGUCAACAAAAAAUGUAUAACUUCCCUUAGGUGGUGUCUUAAAUUGCUUUUUUGUCAGAGGAACAGCCCCAAACCCAAAGAUAUUUAACGUAUGAUGAUAAAAGCAUCACAUUUCAACAUCUGAUGAGAGAAAAACAGUCAAUGUUUCACAUUCUUUUUUUCUUAAUAUUUAAAUUGACAAAGAUUAAUCUUGGAUCAAUUAAUCAAUGAAUAUGUCCAUGAUAAAUUACUCAAAUAAUUAAUUAAAAAAGUUAUCAAAAUUGUAAGGUAACAUUUUUUCCAAACAAAAGUCCAAAACCCCAAAAUCUUCAGUUGACAAAGAUGUAAAAACAGAGAAAAUCGUCACAAGUUAACAAAUAUUUUUGCAAUUUUACUUGAUAAAUGAUUUCAGUGCCACUGAUUUGAUAGUAAUAGAAAUGUGAAAAGGGAGCAACAGUUUUUGUUUAGUUGGUCAUUAACAUUCCCAACACAGAAGCCUAAAAUAAAUCCAAGUCAGAAGUUGAUAGUGUGUAUUUUUGCCUGAGGGUCAUACUUUGGUAUGAGAUUUAAAAAAUGUCUCUUCUAUAACAAAAAAGCCAACUCUUAACUUGUCCCAAUACUCACAUUUUUGACUGUAUUUGCAAAGAUAUUGUCAUCGGAGGGAUGUUUACAUUUUUGCAAUAAUAGGUGAAUUAUUGUUUUGUCAAUCGAAAUCAGACCAAUGUGUGAAGUGUGAAAUUUAAAUAGUAGUCUAUAGAGCUGUGGGCUUAAUGUAUUUAAUCGCCUGUUCUUCUGUGAAUCAGCAGUCUUACUAUUAUUUCAGGUACAAUGUUUUCCUUCAUAGUGAGAUUUUAGCUAUGAAAGAAAAGAAAAAGAAAAAAAAAAGAUGCCUGUUUUCUUGAUUGUCAGACACUGUGUUUGCUUAAACUCACAUUUACAGUGCCAUACAGUAGGUCACCAUUGCCAAAUACUUCAUUUAAAUUUUAUUGUAUUAAACUUUUCAAACCAGUGACAAUGUUUCAUACAGGAAGCAGCAAGUGGUUCAUCUAAUUUCUCAGAAUAUUGUUACAUGUGGUUUUAUGGUCAUUUAAAAAAAAGAAAAAGAAGAAAAAAAAGUCCAUGUUUAAAUGUGUCAAUUAUCUUUGUCAUAACGCAGUAACCUCACCACCACCUAAAACCUGUUAACAGUGAUUGCAGCAUCAUUACCACAUACUCCUGUGUUUACUGAUUAAUAAUAAAAAAUAAAUAGAUAUGUUAAAUAAUUGUUUUGCAGAUCGUUCAGCACUAAAACCUUUUCAUGUGAGUUCAAAAGAAGUGCAACUCUCACGUACAUUACUGUGACUGGCUCGAUGUCGAUGCUAUCUCAAGCAUUUCAUUCUCAUAACCUUCAGUGUUUAUGCCCAAGGCGUAAUUCUCACAGGUGUCUGAAAUGAUUAAGCGCCGCUCGUGGGUAUGAUUGGUUCUGUUGGUGUAAUCUGCAGGGCAAGGAGCCACAGGUUGAGAUAACAACCAAGUUCCCCAAACUGUAUUUAUUGAAUGGGUUGUUUAACAAAAGGGCUUGCUCUGUGUUCACUGUACAAACAUGAACGCCUAUCUUAAUGUCCAUUUUAAAGAAAUUUCUCACUGUGCCUUUCAUAUUCAAGCUGGAAAACAUUUUCACUGCUGUUUAUGAGGGCGGCCUGUUGUUAAAAAAAAGAAAGGAAAAAAAGAAGUCACCGCCUGUUGAAAGUCUGAAGUUUAAAGGGGGCUUUAGUCAAAGUGGUUUCACACUUAAAGUUGGAUUUGAAGAAAAAAAAAAAUGUGCCAACUCCUGAUUGUUUUACACCAAACUGUAUUUGAAAAUGAUGUCUGUUGAAGGAAUAGUUUUGGAAAUAGGCUUAUUCACUUUUUUUUUUGCAUAGUUAGAUAAGAAGAUUGAUACCACUCUCAUGUCUGUACGGUAAAUAUGAAGAUUAGCUUAGUUUAGCGUAAACACUGGAAACAGAAGGAAACAGCUAGCCUCGCUCUGUCCAAAAGUUAAAAAGAAUCCAACCUACCAGCGCCUCAAAAGUUCACUGGUUAACACACUAUAUGCUAUUGUAAGACAUACAAAAACCAAAGUGUCAAAUAAUUUGUGGACUCGACAGCAGUUGCCAGGCAACCAGUGGAGACCCCAACAAGUCAUUGCUCCAGGCCAAGAAAAACACCCUAUAAAAUGACAAAUUGGGGAUUUUUAUAAUGUGUUAGUGAGCAUUAGAGGUGCUAGUGGAUGGAUUGUAUAUAUUAAGACAGAGCCAGGCUAGCUGUAUUUCAUUUACAGAUUAAGUUCAGAUGAAAAUGUUAGGGCUUCGGUCGUUCUGUCAAGGCUCUCAUUAUACGUGGCAUGGUUUUGUCUAAACCGAUGGGAAAUUGAUCAGACUCAGCCAGGCUAGUUGUUUCCCCCUUUUUCCCAGUCUUGAUGAUAAGAUAACCUAACACUGUCCUGGCUGUUUCCUUCAUAUUUAGCAUACAGACAUGAGUGGUAUCAAUCUUGUCAUCAAACUUCCAGCAAGAAUGCAUAUUCCCAAAUUGUGGAAAUAUUCCUUCAGGUUUUAGAGCUGAAAACUGAAAGAAUCAUAAUUUGUUGAGAUUACAUGAGACAGAACAUACCCUUGAUAAUCUGCUCAGUGGUUUGUGAGAUGCAGUGCAAUAGCCAAAUUCAGUGUGACUGAAAAGAUGUUGAAUCAUGACUCUUAUGUUCUGUAACAUACGAUGUUAACUAUGAGUAAAGACUUGAGUAUGUUUGUCAUUAUAAUGCCAUGUGGCUAUGGUGCACUCCAUGACCAUCUGAUCUCUCAUCAGCUGCCGUUUCUUCUCAUAGUGCUGAAGAAUGUGGAAAUAAACCUCCUUUCAGAGAUUUCUGUUUUUUUGUGUACUUUCCCAAUUUGCAACUACUCAGUGUGAGAUAAGAUAUACAAGUCAGAUUUCAAGAAUAUAGUAAGAACAGAAAUGAAAGCAGUUUGCAUCAUAAUGCUACAUAUUGUGGUUUUCAUCAUCGUCAUCGUCAUCAUCAUCAUGAGCUCUUAACUAAUUUUGUUCAUCACGUUCAAAGGAAUAUCUCCCACCAAUCAAUCAUAAUCUAAAUGACAUAUUGUAAAACCUCAACUUCCUGUUCAUGCUACAAGAUAGAUCUCUGUCAAAAUACUGAAAGUAUCAGAAAACUGUAAUAUCUCUUAUUAUUAUUAUUAUUAUUAUGAUUAUGAUUGUGUAUUUUUUUUUUUUUUCUUUAAAUCUGGUUUGAUUUUGUCUGGUACUGAGUGAGUGUAAUCGCCACCAGUGGGUGAUGUACAUGUACGGGUCUGAGCUGUACAUUUUUGUGACAGAUUUGUGUAUUUACAUACAGGUUGCAUUGGUCUAACUUUGUGACUAUUAUAUCAAUUUAUGAAUUGAAUGAGUGCCAAAUAAUGCUUGAGCAUGACAAAACCUGGGACCUACAAGGAACUGCAGGUACUCUCUGACUCAUCAAGUGAGACUCGAGUGACUCACUGCUGUUGUAGACUCUACUUGUGAUAUGAAUGCACAGCUAAAGGUUUAACCAUGCUAAAUAUUUUUGCUGAAAGAGGGAAAACUUCUUUAUGUUUUUGUCUGGGUUUGAAAAAGUUUCUUCAGAUAUUUGUUGUAUGUUUCUGUGUCCAUCCAUGGCUUAUAAAUGAGUAUGCAGUGAGGGUCUUAUCAUUGCUGCCAUUAGAGGUGAAUUUAAAAAGCUGAUUUGCUUCAUCUGUUGGACUGUCAAAAGAAACAUUUGGGUCAUUUUCAUUCUUAAAUCAUUCCACACAGAGAUGCAUUGUAUGUUAUCUGACCUCCUCUUCAUCCCAAAAACAAAGUGAGUCUGACAUUUGGUGAAUUUUACCCUGAAUUUUAUCAAUUAUAGAGUGUGGAUUUGUGCAAAAUGUAAAAGUAAAUGUAAUUCUAAUAUUAAAAUGAAGCAAUGAAAAUAUCUUAUUGCGCACUAAACAGUGUCCAUUUUUUAUUCUUUAAGUCAAAUCUUUAUUGUCUCAAAGAAUCAAUAAAUGCAUUUGAGCAAACAAAGCUUUUCCCUCCAGGAUCAUGUGCCUCUUCAGUUCAUAACAUGUAAAAUUUUUAACAUUACAGCAUUUACAAGAUAUUUUUAAGGUAUUCCUAGAAUAUUUUUAUAAAAAUAUACCAGAACCGACUGCUCAACAAUCUGAUCAGUAUAAGAUCUAAAAAAAAAAAAUCUUUUUUUAAGAGAGAAAGAAACGAGUCAGGUCAAAGCAGCUUAUGUGAACACCGAACCUUUUUUGGGCUGUCGAUGAUCAAACCUGAUCACUCCUGGAGGCGAAAUGCUGUGUUUGCUCUGGUCUAUUUAUUAUUUUCAAAGGAAAUAUUUAAAACAGACAUGAAACGGGCCUGUUUAAAUGUGUGUAAUACAAUACUCCAACCAUUGUGUGGAUAAUCAUUCAUCCUCCGACCCAACAGCUGAGAAUAACUGCGCUGUGUGAGGGAUUUCUGUACCCUGAGGAGAGAAAUGAUGUUAACUGUGUAAACACCAUUCAGAGUAGAUUGCCUUCUUGUUGAGAACAUAUACAGCUGUCUGUAGCUCAACAACCUGCCCAGGAUAAAUUACUUACUAUCCAAGUGAACAUAAUCAUGUUUCCCAUUUUUGCUUAAAUCAGAAAUUAAAUCGUGAUUUUAUUCAACAAUUGUUUUUGCAGCUGAAUAUUAACUUUUUUUGAGCAUGUACUUAGUGUCUGCCUGUGUGUAAACAAUUUUAAUAAUUUGAUGUACAGAGAGCAUGGUCCUUGUUAGCUCUAGAGAUUUACAGCAAACUGUAAAUAUAUGCCUUAAAUAGUAGCUGUCUUGUCUUGUGUUCGUAUGUCUGUCUUGUUUUAUGGUUAUUGAAUUAUUGUAUCAAAAGAGGAGCCUCACAAAUAAAGCAGAGCUUUUAUUGUU